ACCAAUGGCCGUCGAGGAGGGCGGGGCCUGCGGCAUAACAGCGGAGGAUUCAAACUGAACAUGGCUGCGGACAAAGAUGUCGAUGAAAACACACAGAAUAGAAGAGGUCCAGUGUGCAGCAUGGUGAUCAAUCAUGAGGAAUCACCGGGGGGCUCUCGUGCGGGCCGACCACCUGUCAUCUUCAACCCAGACUUUUUUGUGGAGAAGCUCCGCCAUGAGAACCCUGAUGUUUUCUUGGAGCUGGUGCUUAGUAACAUCACUCGCCUUAUUGAUCUUCCUGGGACAGAGUUUGCACAGCUCCUGGGUGAGGAGAGCCCCAAGACCCCAACUGGUGGAAAUGGAGGCUUCUUUCGCUCGUUCAACUUCCUCAAGCGCAAAGAUAAAGGUGUUGUAUUUGGAACCCCACUGACAGAGAGCUGCAUUGCCCAAAUCUACCAGCUCAUUGAGUACCUCACCAAAAAUCUGCAUGUGGAGGGUCUGUUUCGAGUGCCAGGAAACAGUGUUCGGCAGCAGACCUUGAAGGAGCUCCUCAACAGCGGGGCUGAUGUUGACCUGGAGUCUGGAGACUUUCACCCCAAUGAUGUGGCCACUUUGCUCAAGACCUUCCUGGGAGAGCUGCCCGAGCCCCUGCUCACACACCGACACUUCCACGCACACCUUAAGAUAGCUGAUAUGACUCUGUUCGACGAACACGGCAACAAGACUGCGAUACCCAACAAGGAGCGUCAAAUAGAGGCCCUACAGCUACUCUUCCUGCUGUUACCUCAGGCCAACCGCUCACUCCUCAAACUACUGCUGGACUUGCUCUAUUACACCGCCAAGCAGCAAGACAAGAACAAGAUGUCGGCCUUUAACCUGGCACUGAUGUUUGCCCCACAUGUUCUCUGGCCCAGACAUAUGACAGCUGGUGACUUAAAGGACAAUCUGAAGAAACUCAACAACAGCAUGGCCUUCCUGAUCAAACACUCACAGAAACUCUUCAGGGCUCCAGUCUACCUGCGGGAUUAUGCCAGAGUGCAUUUCACUGGGACUAAGGCUCUGCAGACUAAGGAUGACCUGGAGCUGCUGGCGGCGACCAGCUCUCCCGCUCAGCGGAAAGCGUUGCCCCUGAAGAGGACGGCUGUUCUGGGCCCCAGCUCUCAGGAGCAGUGCCAAUCACCAGCGCAACAAUACACAGAAGAGGCUCUGAAGGAGCUCUUCAGACACGUCCACCACAACAUGCCAGACUCCGCCAAGAAGAAGAAACUUGUCCGACAGUUAGUCAAACAGACGACCUCAAGGACGCCUACUAACGAGAACCAUCAGGCCCCCCCAGCUCCCAGCAAGAAACAUCCCCGUUCCCGCUCCUUUGGUGGUCUCAUCAAGCGCAAAGCUCGUGGUGAGCAGCUGACAGCAGAGAGGCGGGUGAGACACCUCUCCCCUGAUACUGUCACCAGAGCAGGAAGAAAACAUGGCAAAGAGAACGUUGUCCUGCAAGCAGUGAACAGCCCAUUAAAUGGUCCUAUGUUGGGGAAGGCUGGUCUGGUGGUGAAAAACCCAGACUUUACUUUCAGUAAGGACAAAGCUCUGAAGGUUUCAAAGCAGGACUCUCCCUCUGUGGCCAGGAUGUGUUUCUCUCCUGAGAUCUCGGUGUAAAACCUGACACCGUCUCCUCGUCUCGGACAGGACUUGGGCAGUAUUAAUAUUACUAUUCUUCCUGUUUGUCAUUGUGUUUUCAUCGUAGUAAGUCUAUUUUAACUGUGACUAAUAUAUAGCAGUUUUGGUCUUGGCCAGAACAGCCAAAUGAAAGCUGGGAACUUUUCUUUUCUUUUCUUUUCAUUGUUGGACAUUGAUCAAGACUGAGUGAGUGAAUUAACUCCUUCACUGUAGCUUUUUUCUUAGAUUACCUCAGUGUAAAGUUGCAUGAUUGGGCUCAAAUUAAUCUAUUUCCAAUUAAGCUAUUAUGACUUCAGUAUGAGGUAUCUGAUAACAAUUUUUUUUUUGUUUGUUUGUUUGUUUUUGCCUCCAGAAAUACUUUUAAACGUUCUGAGUGCUGAAUACUGCUGUGUUCCAGGCUGCAAAUCAUGUACAUGUCAGAUAUCACUGUUUCCCGACUGACCAGCAACUGAAAAGACAAUGGCUAAUAGCUGGAGUGACAUUGAGCCAUAUUUCAGAAUAAAACCGUAUAUUUGACCCUUCCCUACUCUGUCUCUGAUUAGUUAAACCUGAUUUAUUAACCCCACCCUUGUGUCCAAGUUGUGCACUGAUAUUCCCAAAUUAUUUGCACCUUUCCUAUCAUAUCAUCUAAUACGAUCAAAUAGUAAUAUUAUCUAGGAAUUGGUUGAAUGCUAACGUUACAUUUUUAAAGAUAGGUAAUGUGUUAUUAGAUAUACUAUACCUUUUUGCCUGAUAUCACUGUUGAUUUAUAUCACUGAUAUCACUGUUGAAUUUUCUUUUUGGUUGCUGAUCAAUCAGAAAGUAGUGGACUGAUAAUGAUUUGUCAGAUGCCUUACAUUCAUACAAAUACAUACAUUUAUGCAACCUGCAGCACAGCAGUACAUUAUUGUUUAAUAACUGCAUUUCCUACCCUCGGCAUGACAUCGAAGGACAAUGACCAGCAUGUAAAUAUGGUGAAUUGUGUAUCAAGAUCGACAAGUUCUUCUUUUUUC